GUUCUGAUAUUCCCAGAAGGAACGUGUACAAAUCGCUCAUGUCUUAUCACUUUCAAACAAGGAGCAUUUAUCCCAUGUGUCCCUGUGCAGCCUGUUAUUAUCAGAUACCCAAACAAACUGGAUACUGUGACUUGGACAUGGCAAGGUUUCAGCUCGAAGACUCUGUUGCUUCUGACCAUGUGCCAGCUCUACACCACCGUUGAGAUUGAGUUCCUGCCACCACACGUCCCCACAGAGGACGAGAAGAAAAGUCCAGCCCUGUUUGCCAGCAGAGUGCGAGAAACUAUGGCCCG